AAAGCUUCGCGAGGCUCUCUCACUCUCCACUCUUACCGUCAUUCUCGUCUAUGCCAUUUCUUCAGUACUUCAUCCAGAAAGAAAAACAAGAUACUACUAAUAAUAAAACCCUAAAUCCCCGAAUCCAAUUCAACAAAAACCCUAAUUUACCCCUCCGAUUCUCGCAUCUACAUGGUGUGAAGUGCGAACUGUGGCGUAUUCAAUUGCUCCCUCAAUCAACGAUUUGAAGAAUGUCACAAAACGACCGCCCGGAGGCGCCGUCCUCGGCGACAGCCGCAAACGGCUCCGCGGCGGCGAAGGAGGAGAAUCCAGCUGCGAGGGUGUUGGUUUCUUCGAGCAAGGCUGAGGCUGAAUCUGAACAAGGAGCACAAAGCGGAGGAGUACGAAGACUUGGAAUUGAUGUACUGCCCAGCGGUUUUCACCGCGCUGGAGAGGUACCUUCCGCCGAACAUGCUCAAUGCUCGUCGCGAACACAAGGUAUAUGCCCUUACGGCGCUUAUGGCAUCGUUUGUUCCGCUCUAAAUUCGGAGACGAAUGAGCAUGUUGCCAUUAAGAAGAUUGCCAAUGCAUUUGACAACAAGAUUGACGCCAAGAGGACCCUCCGUGAAAUCAAGCUGCUUCGUCACAUGGAUCAUGAAAACUUGUCAGUGUUGGAGCAGCACUUUUCUUGUUCCAGCAGUUUGCCGCAUCAAUGGAAGAUUUGGAACCCUUACGGCUGUUCCAAUACACCAUAUGGAUAUUUAUUCGUUGCAAUCCUGAGGCUUAUAGAUCGGCCUGAAGCUUUUGUUUCCGGAAUUUUUUAAAAAAUUUUGUUUUUCCUGGCAAUCAGAAGUCCUCGGAGAUUUAUUUUUUCAGGCUUUAAAACUUUUCAGGAUAAGCUGGAUGAGUUAGCACACAAGGUAUUACCUGAUUAUCAAGCUGCUGCAGUGACUCUCUUAGCACUAUUAUCAACUGCACCUGGUGAUAAUAGGAAAAUGAAGCAGUUGAUGUGCUUAAGAUCUAUAUAUGAUCUUUCUUGCUUGCUUAGAGGAUGAAGUUGAUUUCCUCACAGCUCAAUCAGAGCAAGACCAACAGAAGGAAUAAUGUCAAAUUCUGGCAUGUUUUUCGAUCAAAGGAAAUCAGAUUGGCUUUCCUUGUUGGAAGAGGACUUCUGGUAAAAAAGUUCAUAAAUGUUUCGAAACAAUUAUGUAUGAUCUAAGGGAAGGAAGUUUAAGAGGGCUAGAGGAAAGAGGAACAUCAAAGGACUUAGGAUUUAAGUUGUAUUGUUUCUGUAUUUUUCUUCAGUUUUUACUUUUGAAAUUUGAACUCUUGAUUUAUUUUGUAUUUGAGUAUUAGUUUUUUAAUGUAUAAAAUAAUUAUAGCAAAAAUUAUAUGUCAC